GAAGUGAAUCGCAAGACCAGAGGGGGAUUGAGUGAUCAAGGUGUCCGAGAGAGGAGAGAGAAGAUGGGCUCAGGCUUUCGGAGCGAGGAGAUGUGUCUGGCGCAGCUGUUCCUUCAGUCUGGCUCUGCGUACGACUGCAUCAGCGAACUCGGAGAAAUGGGGCUGGUCGAGUUUCGAGAUCUCAACCCCAGCGUCAGCUCCUUCCAGCGCCGCUUCGUCAGUGAGAUCAAGAGAUGUGAGGAGAUGGAGAGGAUUCUGGGGUAUCUGCUGAGGGAAAUCAGGAAGGCUAAUCUUGCAGUGCCAGAGGCUGAACUCCCUCCUGUUGCUCCUGCACCUAAAAAUGUUUUAGAAAUCAUGGAGCAGUUGCAGAGGCUGGAGGUGGAGCUCAGCGAGGUGGCCAGGAAUAAAGAGAAGCUCCAGAGGAACCAGCUGGAACUGACGGAGUACACACACAUGCUGAGAAUCACACACACGUUCAUGCACAGCCGCUCCAGGCAUGAAGCCCUGGGCCCUCAGUAUGAGGAGUUCCCGUCUGUGGAGACUGAAGCAGUGUCAGGCUGCACCAGCAUGCAGAGACUGGGAGCCAAACUCGGGUUUAUCUCGGGGUUGAUUCAGCGGGUGAAGGUGGAGGCGUUUGAGCGCAUGCUCUGGCGCGUCUGUAAAGGUUACACCAUCCUCAGCUACACAGAAGUGGACGAGAGCCUGGCCGAUCUGGACACGGGGGAGAUCAGUAAGAGCGUAGUGUUCCUCAUCUCAUUUUGGGGCGACCAGAUUGGGCAGAAGGUUAAAAAAAUUUGCGACUGUUACCACUGUCAUCUGUACCCCCACCCUGAAACAGAUGAGGAAAGGGCCGAUGUGAUGGACAGCUUGAGGACACGCAUCCAAGACUUGCAAAAUGUAUUGCACCGCACUGAUGAUUACAUGAAGCAGGUCUUGCAUAAGGCGUCUGAGUCGGCGCACUCGUGGGUGCUGCAAGUGAAGAAGAUGAAAGCCAUCUAUCACAUCCUUAACCUCUGCAGCUUCGACGUCACCAACAAGUGUCUCAUCGCUGAAGUGUGGUGUCCGGUCAGCGACCUGGCGAACCUGAGGCGGGCGUUGGAGGAGGGCUCAAGAAAAGGUGACGCCACCGUCCCUUCCUUUGUGAACCGGAUCCCAAGCAGCGACACUCCGCCAACACUUUUGAGGAGCAACAAGUUUACCUCAGGCUUCCAGAGUAUAGUGGAAGCGUAUGGAGUGGGCGACUACCGGGAGGCCAGCCCAGCUCCUUAUACCAUUAUCACCUUUCCCUUCCUGUUUGCGGUGAUGUUUGGAGAUCUUGGUCAUGGUUCAGUCUUGACACUCUUUGCUUUGUGGAUGGUGUUGACUGAGAAGGACCACAAGCGAAGACAACCAGGAAAUGAGAUCUGGACAACCUUUUUUGAUGGGCGGUACAUCAUACUGAUGAUGGGAUUAUUCUCCAUAUACACUGGACUCAUUUAUAAUGACUGUUUCUCCAAAUCCCUCAACAUCUUUGGCUCAGCGUGGAGCGUCAAGGCCAUGUUCACACAGCAGGAGUGGACAAAUGAAACUCUACAGACAAAUGCUUUACUCACCUUGGAUCCCAAAGUUUCCGGUGUUUUCUCUGGACCUUAUCCAUUGGGCAUUGAUCCAAUUUGGAACAUGGCUGUGAAUCGCCUGAACUUCCUCAACUCCUACAAGAUGAAGAUGUCUGUGAUCAUCGGAGUCAUCCACAUGAGCUUUGGGGUGGUGCUCAGUGUCUUCAACCACUUGCACUUCCGACAGAAGUUUAAGAUCUAUCUUCUCUUUCUUCCUGAGCUGCUCUUUCUACUUUGUCUCUUUGGUUACUUGGUCUUCAUGAUCUUUUACAAAUGGCUGGCGUUCUCAGCGCGAGACUCACAGCUGGCUCCAAGCAUUCUCAUUCACUUUAUCAACAUGUUCCUAAUGCAGGAGAGCGCCACUGCACCACUUUACCCUGGCCAGAUGGGUCUGCAGGUGUUUCUCGUGGUGGUGGCUCUGCUGUCAGUGCCAGUGCUGUUAUUCGGGAGACCUCUGUACCUCCACUGGCUGCAUCAUGGUGGGAAGAGUCUGGGGGUCCAUAGGGUGUGUCUGUGUUCUUGUGGUUAUGAGAGAGUUCGGCGUGUGAGUGAAGAAGACCUGUCCCCGUCUGUAGUCCAUGAUGAAGAGGAGGGACAAAGUGACUCAGGAGGGCCUCGGGAGGUUAAAUUUGAUUUCGGAGACAUCUUCCUGCAUCAAGCCAUUCACACCAUAGAGUACUGUUUGGGCUGCAUUUCCAACACCGCCUCCUACUUGCGUCUCUGGGCCCUGAGUCUCGCUCACGCCCAGCUGUCAGAGGUGCUGUGGGCCAUGGUGAUGCGUCUGGGUCUGAGGGUUAGCUCCAGACUGGGUGUGCUUUUCCUCAUGCCUGUGUUCAGUGUCUUUGCUCUGCUCACUAUCUCCAUUCUCCUGGUCAUGGAGGGUCUGUCCGCUUUCCUCCAUGCACUGCGUCUUCACUGGGUGGAAUUUCAGAACAAAUUCUACAGUGGAACAGGAGUCAAAUUUGCCCCCUUUGACUUCUCACUGUUGCCCUCUGUCUUUGAGCAAGAAGGGUUACUCUGAUUGUAACCUACAACACUUUGAACAAGACA